UACUAUACGCGCCCGCGAUCCGCACUUAACCUUCUCUCUCUCUCUCUGUCUACUUUCCUCUGUUUUUCAUUCGAUUCCUCUUCUCGCUCGUUUGUUCUCUUUCUUUCCUUUUACUUCUCCGUUUCGUCUUUCGUAUGCACAUAUACACGUUUCCCCCGGUCAAUUUUCUCUCUCGCUCCAUUUUGAACGUCUCAUCCCUUCUCUAGCUCCCUCUCUCUUUCUCUCUCUCUCUCUCGUUUGCUCCGACGUCGACUCGUGAGGUCAGUGCCUGCUCGAUCGGAUCCUGAGCAGGAACACACACCGUAGGAAGAGGACGAUCUCCCUUGUCGCGAGACUUGGAGCCACACACGCGCGCUCGCCACGCAUGCAGCCACGCACUUUCCGAAACGGGGAAACGAAAAGAAAACGAAAAGGGUUUCUCGUCCUUACCGAAAACAGUUUUUCUCUGUCGACCCUUCGUGAAAAAACAGUAUCAGUGAAACACCCGUGAUCCGAGCGUUGGGCAGGGAUGAGGUUCAAAAGUCGGCGGGUCACCCCGUGUGUGCAUUCGUCGACGCGGCGCGACAUCGGCGACCAGUGAUACGCGAAUCGUCGCCGAUCGAGCAAUGAAAACGUUCUCGUCCGAUCGAAAGUAUAUACGCAUGUAUUACUCCGUUCUGUGGUGAUCGACGUGUGAGACGGCUCCCGUAUCUCAGACGGACUGGCCACCCGCGACUUUGAAAUAUCGAAGCGAAUCGUGAAUAGAAGCAACCGGCUCCUCUCUGGAAUACAUCUGUUUUCACCGAUCAUUGCGAAGACCAGAGAUCCGCAAAUCCACCGGAAAUGAUUAGCUCCGAUUUCACGGGGAAUAAAACUCGACGUAUCGUCUAAGUUUUCGACCUAACGACAAAAGGAUAUUCGUUCCUCGACCUCUUUGCUCGGCUUGAAAGUUCUCGGAGCGGUAAACAAAGAGGCAGAAGAAACACGGUGGACGAGGGACGACGACGAGCAAACAAAACGUGAAGAAAGCAGACGGGGAAGGAGGAUCGUGCCAAUUACUGCCGCUCUGAAAUAAGAAUGGACCAUGAAGGAGCGCUGCGCGAGCUGGUAGUAGACGAGCGGUCGUCCUCUCGGCUGGUGGCUCGACGGUCAUCGACGGGAUCCUGCAACGUUGAAUCGUUCGCCCUGCAGGUGUUGCGCACGGCAGGUACGAGGUCGACAGGUGCAAUAAUCGGGGGUGACCCGGUUGUUGCCGCCGGGGCGGCGAUGCGACGAUGAGCUCGCUGAGGAUACUACCAUCCCUCUACACCCGACCAGAGCCCCGAGUAGUAGCAAGGCCGGGUCGCCUCGCAAGCUGUCGCAAGGUCGAGCACAGAGGAGCGGAAGCCGGUUCAAGGCCGAAAUUAGUCGCUUGGCCAUGGACCUCGAGACGAGGAACGGGACCGGUGGCAACGACGAGGAAUACGCGAAUAUUCACUUCAUCGUUGGAGAUCGCAGAGAUACGGUCACCUACAAAGCGGAUCAGGUCACGGACAUGGAGCUUAAGGAACUCUUUAGACAUGCAGCGGAGGCUGGACCUCUGGACAUCGUGAAGCUUCGGAAGGGGGACAAGCUGUUGAACAUUUCUACCAAUCUGCCGGCAAACACGGCCGAUUCUCCCUAUGUUCUUCAGAUCGUCGGAGCGCAUCCGGCCUCGUCGGGGGUGAUCGAGGCGGAAGUACUGUGGGCACUCGAGAGACGCGUGGAGGCCUUGGAACAACAACUGCGGGAGCAUCAAGAAGCUCUGAAUGCAUCACCGUCGUUCGCUCUCCGCGAGCUGAAGCGACAGGUCGACAGUUUCAAAAACAAGUUGGAGAACAACGAACAGCUAAGUUGGCUGAACUUCUGCAAACAGCUUCCGGAGCCCGUGUGCGCGGAAUCGUAUCACCGUCUGCAAUAUCGUCGGAAGAGCGACAGCAUGAAGCGGAAGGUGCGAGAAAAGUUCCUCAACAUCUGCGACGUCUCGGUGUCGUCGAGCGUUCGAGAGUGGCUGCGCUCGCCAGCUUUCGACGCACGGCAGUGGGAGGACGAGGAACUUCUACUGAUGCUGCAGACGAUGUUCGUCGAGCUGGACCUACCUCAAAAAUUUAACAUUCCUUUACCGAUACUACGGAACUUCCUCUACGAAGUUUACAACAACUAUAACGAGGUGCCGUUCCAUAACUUCAGGCACUGUUUCUGCGUGGCGCAAAUGAUGUACGCGAUAUGUUGGGCAGUGGACCUUCCGUCGCGAAUAAGCGACCUGGAAGUUCUCAUACUCAUCGUUUCCUGCAUCUGCCACGACCUGGAUCAUCCGGGAUACAACAAUAUCUACCAGAUAAACGCUCGCACAGAGCUGGCGUUGCGUUACAACGACAUCUCACCCCUGGAGAACCAUCACUGCUCCGUAGCCUUCCGGGUGCUCGAGGCCCCGGAAUGUAAUAUACUGUCCUCUUUGGAUAAUGCGACCUAUCGAGUCGUACGCGAGGGUAUCAUCAGGUGUAUACUAGCGACGGACAUGGCCAGGCACAACGAGAUCCUCGGGCAAUUCACCGACACCAUCCCGGAAUUCGAUUACUCCAACAAGGCGCAUAUCAAUUUAUUAUCGAUGAUCCUCAUCAAGGUGGCGGACAUUAGUAACGAGGCACGGCCAAUGGAAGUCGCGGAACCGUGGCUGGAUCGAUUACUUCAAGAAUUCUUCAAACAAAGCGACGCGGAAAAACUCGAAGGACUUCCAGUAACGCCGUUCAUGGAUCGCGACAAAGUAACUAAACCAUCGUCUCAGGUCAGCUUCAUCGGACUCGUUCUGCUUCCGCUCUUCGAAGCCCUUGGGGAAUUACUUCCAGAACUGCAGAGCCUGAUAGUACAACCGGUGAGGGAAGCGUUGGAGUAUUAUCGCAGACUGAACGAGGCAGCGAAAGACGAGCGACAUCAUCGCAAGAGUGUCGCGGAUCUCGGCGAAUCGACGCCUAUGACGUCGGGCAUUAUUGGGACGUCGAGCGUCGUGAAAUCCACCUCGUCGCACAGUAUGCGCUCGAAACGUUCCACGGGAACGGUUCACUCGCGAUCGCGAUCCACCGAGGACGACAUCACGGAGAAUCUGACCGGUGAGGAGGCGGAGAACUUGGACAGCUCCGAUCCGGAAACGGCGACCGAGGUGGAGGUCAGCGAGAAGACGCUGAAGUUCAAGAUCUCAACGGAAGGGACGCUGACCGGAUCGACGACAGGUAGGAAAAGCUACCCGGGUAGCCGGAAGGGUAGCCGGGAGAAAUCGUCAUUGGAUUAUCAUAAUCACGACCUGGCCAGGGCUGUCAGAGAGCACGAACGCGAGAGAAGACGCAGUAGAGGAGAGAACCUUGGCAGUAAUCUGAGUUCGCCGGUUAGCGCGAGGUCCGCGGAGGGGACCAGGAUCGUGGAGGAGCUGGAGAGCGACGAGACCGUUCUGUCGGGGGCGAAACCACCGAGCGAACGGAAGCUGAUCGAAGGAAAUGGUAACGUGGUGGUCGAGUCUCAGCAGAGGAACAACUUGAAAAAGACGAGCGGUCUGGUGGAGAACGAGCAGGAAGUCAGGUCUAGUCGCAAGGAGGUUCAAAGAGAGCCGGUCGGGCUCAGGUGCUGUUGCGAAGACAAGACCGGAUCGAACAACCACAAAUCAAUCUUCUCAAGAUUAAGGAACCUCACGGAUCGACUGAGCAUCAGUUUCGACUCGAAGGAUCCGCCCACGCCGAAACCCACGAAGCACGUGACGAAAGCGUUGAACAAGAGCAACUCGGUGACCAAUACGGCCACCACGGCCACCACUUCGUCCAGGCACAAUAAUUCGUUGGCGGUCUGCAAAAGGUGCAAUCUCACGAAAGCUUGCAUGAAAGAGAACAAAGCUAUAGCGACGGUGGUAGAACUGUCCUCGGUGGACAAGCGAGCUAUGACGCUGCCAAAGGUGAGAAAAUCGACUGAUUACAAGAACAAGAGUUGGAGGAUGGUCUUCGCCAAGGAGAAAAGAUCGUCCGCUUCGCUGGAAGCUCUUCCGGGCGUAAUAUCUGAUAGUUCUCUGCCGAAAUACCGACGGAAUUCCUCGAAUUCGGAGAGCAAGUCGCUUCUACUCAAGGGGACGAAGGAUCAGAAGAGUUUGGACUUCGAGUUCGGUGAAAUCGACAUACGCACGAAGAAUCAACAGCAACAGCCGAAGAUCGUUAUCAAGCCGGAGAGCGGAUCCAGAGAAGGCGUACAGGAGGACUUAGGCAAAAUAGAAAUUCGAAGGAGCUCGGCGAGCAUGGAGGACAUCUCGAAGAUGGCGAAACAGACCGAGAGCGUGAUGUUGGGUUCGUUGGAGCCAAAGAAAGCGGACGAACGGACUUACGCGGGCAGCCUGGAUUCGAUGUUGUGCAAAGACGAUGCCAAGACACGGAAGAAACCGACGUACUCCUCGCCGGCGACGUCCAAGAAAUCCUCGCCAGGAUUAUUAUGGCGGUUCAAGUCCGGCAUGAGCAUCGACAGUACCAGGAGCAACAGCAACAGCGAUUCGCUGCAUGAUCAAAGUUCGCAAUCGCCCAGCGGUUGGAUUUCUUCCUUAACGGCUGGCUUUCGGCCAAAGAGACAGACGUCAGAAGCACCGUCGCAUCCUCCGCGUUCACCUAGUCGAGAAGAGAUCAAGUGAUACGGCAUACGGGUGGCCGAGGACUCUUCUGAGAAACAAUUGUCGGGCCUGCACAAAUGGCUGGCUGAGAACAUCUUCUGCUGCAGCGGUUAAAAAGGAAAAGAAACACAUACACGCGGUUUCGUUUCGUCCAUCCUCGAGCCACCUUCUUCUCGCGCAAUGCUCAAAGGAGAUCGAUGAUCGUGUCGAAGCGAAGGGUACGAAGCCAAAGAAGGAAGGAAAUCGAAACGGAUCGACAGCGUUCUUCCUAUAUUAGUCCCGUACGCGGCUCGACUUAAUUCGUUGAUUAGUAUCGUCGAAUUACUUUCGCUGUUCGAGGACGGUCAUUUAGUUAGACACUCGCCAGCCGUUCUCCGCGACGAAAUCCCUGACUCUUCUGGAUCGAUCGAAUCGUUUGCUACCUUCGAGGAGUCGAUUGACCGAUCGAUGAUCACGGAACCGAUGACAAUCCUUUGUCCGAUAGAAUCUGCAUUCCGCCGACUAGACCAACGUCCGUCACAGAUCGCGCAGAAUGUGAUGUUUUUCACGUGAAACUCGAGAGAACUUCGAUUCAACGUUAUUUAUGUUCAGUGCCGGACUCGAUCGUGCAUCGUUGGUUUCACCUUCAGGAAGGCAAGUUUUCUGUUCGACGAAGAAACGAGAGAAUAUUGAUUACUGUUCGGGAAACUGUCAAAGAGAAACGUGGGAAGAAAGAUGGACGUUGGGGAUGGUUAAGGAAGAAACCCAGAUGGAAGUCUCUCGAACAUUGUACGAGGAUCGAAACACGAUUAACAAAAAUGAGAAAAAAAAGAUGUGUCAUAGAACGUGCGUUUCGUAUGUCGAUUAGCUGUUUCCAAAUGUAGCAAGAGGAUGUGUGAGUGUAAUUAACGUUCGUAUUGAAGCCAAACUGUCGAACAGCUGGCGAAUACCAAAUAUAUGUAUAUUGCUCCUAAUUAUCGAUCUCCGUUCCGAAAACCGAGUGAAUGAAAGAUAGCGAGAGAGAAUGCGAUGGAGUGAAAGCGAGGGAGAGAAAGGUAGAUGAAGAAAGAAUUAUACGCGAACGAUGAAAAUUCGAAUAUCGACGACAAGUGGUGAGGACGAAAUUUAAAUUUCGCAAGGAUUUACUGACGUAGAAAGUGGAUUAAGAAUGAAAGAGGAUAGAGAGAGAGAGAGAGAGAGAGAGAGAGAGAGAGAGGAAGAGCGGCCUGAAAUAUAAAAUGGAACUGAAAGGCGCGAUAUAUAGACUAUUUUAUUUAUUGUCCAAUUAAAAGAAUAGCCUAAUGAGUAAUCAUUAAUGUUGUCCGUUAUUAUACAUAUAUACAUAUAUAUAUAUAAACGAAAAUAUAUAUAUAAAUAUAUGCAAGCCAGUGUAUACAAAAAUGCGGAAGAUGAAAUAUCUAGUUCCCAUCGAGACGAGAGCAUAACGUAUACAAAUAUUAUAAAUACGUAAGGAGAGAUGAUCGUGUGACGAAGCUGAUCUAUUAUGAUGCACAAGGUAAUUGCGCGUAGAUAGAAAACGGAUCUGGAAAAUGGACAUAUCUUGUCUAAUCAGAACUGAGGACCCAUUAGAAAUGGAAAUGAAUAAGAUUUUCCUUCGUUAUCGAAGAACGAAGUGGAAGGGGGAAAAGGGGAGAAUUCUUUCUCUUCGUGUGUGUCGUAAACAUCUCCAAGCAUUUCGAAGCGAAUACUCGCACAGAUUUUGUUGAUCUGUCAGAAAUUUAGGUGAACGUUAAAUAAACGUUGUUUCCUCGCUGCAAGGUGUCUUCCUUUGAUUGAGAAACUGAAUAGAUAAUCUGAACGCUGACGAGUUAUUACAGACUAACAUGUUCACGAUCACCAAAGACGUACGUCAUUUCUAUUCUACAUCGAACUGUUCGUUAGAAAUCUAUGAUCGCUUUGUAGUUAGUGUCAAUAUCUGGUGAAACUUCCAGCAUGGCCUAGUUAGAAAUUGAAGGAGGAAUUGUAUUCUACGCUUUGUCUUUUGAAUUGAAAAUGAACUCAAGCCAACUUGAUAUUUGAAGCAGAAAUCUUUUGAAGCGGCUGAAAUGUUUUGUAUUCAAUAAUUUCCUCGCUAAAUUUUUAAUGGAUCGACAAAAACUUCCGUUACAAUUUUCUAUCCAUCCAUUUUCAAACGCGUUCAGAAAUGGGAUUUACAGGAAAAACGAAAAGCAAAGAAACAAGACAGAAGAGCUUAACAACUCUCGUGACGCACGCGUUUUCAGCCUUGACACAAAAAUCAGUUCUCUGCAUAAACGGCCUCUCGCUUUUUCAUUUUUAGAUGUUUAUAUUUUUAUACUCCACCAGCAGUGUGUCUGUACGACUAUAAAGAACCGCAUGUAUUGUUGAAGUCUAGUCUUUCGUUAUCGUCUUCACCAUCACUUCCCUGUGAAAUUCGAUGUGUUUGAGGGAGUUUCUAUGGCGAUUAUAGAAUAGAAGAAAAAUUCUGCGUCCAUGCGACCGGCCCUCUGCACUACGCGUAACGCUUGUUUCCAUCAUUCUCGCAAAAAGCCGCGAGGGGAGAUUCGCUCAAUACACUCUGUGUCCCUUUGAUAAAUUUUUAGUUUAAAUCCCGUUGCAUAUUUUAUUAUGACGAUGUUUUAAUUCAAUUUUAUACGAAUCACUCGACGAAGAAGUAACUCGGUUCUUGGAUUUAGCGAACUGUAAUUUAAACGAUUUAUUCGUGAAUAUCUCCCGAUCAGAAUUUGCGCUAGCAUCCACAACUCAAACCUUCCUCGAUCGAUCAUGAAAUACUUCACCGUUAGAAUCCUUCUGUAUCGUCGGCAAAGCUGCCAAGUGAAAUAGCUUGGUAGACGAAAGACAGGAUCGACGAAUGUCUCAAUGUCAAUAUGUGUGUUGAACAAGCGGCUCGCUUUGAAAGUUUAAAUGGCGCACGACGUGUAUGUAUGUUGUAUACGCGCCAUAUACUGUAAAAAUUAUUAAACUUCCAGUGAUACGAAAAAAGUAUUUGACCUUACCUCGACGAGUAAUAUCAGCGAAGAGUGUCUCGUCUAAUUCGUCCAAGAAACGAUGCGAUACAAAAUCAAAUGCUUUCUUCGUUCUGUCACUCGCUGUCUGUGCCUGACCUUUGUCAAUAUUUAUUUGUUUCUUCCUAGACGGUAAAUCGAUUAGCCAUCUGCUAACGAGCUGCUCGAUUUCCCUUAGAAGCUCUCGGACCACCUCGUGUCGACAAUCUAGUACCCAGCCGUCGCUAUUAAUUUUCCAAAUUUCGAAUCGUAUCUCGAUUAAACAUAAUUCAUUUUUAGGAAGCAAUUAAUGUCACACAAAUUUCUUUUAAAGUUGAACGAACUUUAAAUUAAUUUAUCGUGUUAAAAAGAAAAAGUGUAAAGCAGUGUUGACUAUUGCUUCAUGUUUCACUUUUCAAAAUAUUAAGUAUAUAAUUAAGAUGACAUUUUAUGAGUAGAUACCGUUAAUCGUGGUACGAUUCGAAAGGCAGAAGAUCGGGAACAGGAGGAGGAACGAAACUCGAUGGUCCAAUCGUGUCAUAGUAGGAAGUUACGAUAAAUUUUCAAUCGUCAAUUGAUCGUCUAAUUCGUGGCGAGGUAGCCCUCGUGUCCCAAUUAUUCUCGUCAAUUACCGGUGCGUGAUCGAUCGCAUGUUUUCUCCGGUCGUCGCUAAACAGAAAUCGGAAACGAAAAUUGGGGCGGCGUUCGACUUCGGGGUAGAAUUGUCUGCUACCUCUGCGAACCUCGUUUUCGUCGCCCUACACCGCGAAUGCGAAGCUAAUUAGCGUGUAAGACGUAGAGGAUUGAUCGUCGCGCAGAACGAACAUUUCGUCGACGACGUCGUCAAUCGAGAAACCUGCUCGGAUCGUCUCGUUUUCCGUUAAGAACCUUUAUUGUGAAAGUUCGUGAGAGUCACGUGAAUCCGAUCGAAUUUUCCAGAGAAGUACUGCAUCUCCGGUUAGAUUUUCUGAGAAUAAUGAAGAAAAAAAAAGACCAAAGUUCAAAACUGUCUAUCUUUAAUUUAAGUCUUACGAUUAGUUGUAUGGGACCAGAUGAAAAAUUUCAAAAUUGUAUUUAUAUUCAUUGUAAUCUUCCUUAUCUAGUUUUACGAUAAAUAUUAAUCAAUCUGAGAUACAUCAAACGUUUUUAUCUAGUCAAAUGUGAUAAGAAUACGAUAAAUUAUCACAGCGUUUUUAAUACAAUUUUGGACACAUUAUUAAAGGUUUUAUUUUAACGUUACAAUAAAAUCUAUGUACAUUUAAUAUUAAGUAUUUUAUUUAGAAAGAUCGAAGUAUUACAGAGAUCUAAAUGCAAAUAGAAUUAACAUUUCUGUAAUCCACUCCUCACCUGGUGCAAAACUGGUAAUAACAGGUAUACUUUCGAAAACACGUUGCAUAUUGAUAGCGUGCGGCGCAUCGAAAUUGCUGCUUCCACGAAGGUUAAGAGGAAAAUUCUUGUUUCUCGCUGACUAUGCCGCGGAACGUUCACGUGACUCAAGAAAACGACUAAAUCGAACGUUAUCGUAUUAACCAACGUGUAACCGAGACGUGGCACGAUAAAGGUCAAACGGUGGGUGCAGCAACGCGGUGCAGAGAGGAACGAAAGGGUGGCUGCAAUUAUUAUGACGAGGGAAACGAGAGAUGCGCAGAGUAGUACGAACAAAACGACUUUAGAUAUAUGUACAAUGUAUAACGUGUAUUUACCUGGAGAGAAAGAAAUUAUGAAACGAAAGACGUGAAACAAAACGGCUUAGCUCGCGGGCGAGUUAUUACAUAAAAAUGAAAAACAUGAUAUUGUAAACGAUGAAUUGUAUAGUUAUUAUGUGUGUAAGAGUAUCGUCAAACGUAAAUUCAAGCAUGUUGCAGAGGCGCGCACCUCAUCCCUUAUGCAUUGUCCGAUUGCCCGGCUGAAGUUCAACUUCGUUCGAAAUAUUAUUUAAAAACAAAUGAAUUAAGAUCCAUAUCAUUUUGACGGCAUUAAUACGAUACAAAUUAAGUUCUAAAAUUGUUACGAAGGCCAACCGAACAACUUCGAAGCGGAUAAAAUUAAGCCAUGUUUUAAAUGAUAAAUGUCUCACGCCUCUCACCUUUGAACGCUGAUCAAUAUCGAAUCGAGAUCAAGUUCCACUGUUAAACUCCGCCGCAGAAGUUUGUCAUAAAUUCUACCUGACGGAGAGCCGAGGAUCCGUCGAAUCGCUAUAAUCGAGCACGAGUUACGAUUCGCCCCGCAGUCAACUUGCGGGGAACAGCGUGAUCGGACAAUGCUUGGGAACCAGGUGCCGGGAUGCCAGCGCACGGUAUCCGCCAUUCCAAUUUGAUUCCAAGGUGUCGUACUAAUAUAUUACAGAGACCUAAUUGUAAGUAAGAGCGGCGGUCACAAACACCACGGGCCACGUGGCGGACGACCGGCCGUUUAGUCUCUUUUGUAAAUGAGAAUAAGUGAAUGAAAUAAAUAUAUUAUACGUGACCGUGUAAAGUCGGGAAACAAAGCUCUCUGAUGGUGCUUCCUCUGUGUGUACCGUGUCUCUCUUUUCAGUGUAGCACAACAGAAAUAUCGGAACGACGGUCUUAUUGUAUGGCAGGGUUCGGCGCGGACGAAGGAAAGAAUAGGUAAUUGACAAGAGCGAAUUAGCUCCGGAAUAAAUGUUUUAUUAUCUGUGAUCGAAUACUCAUCGAUCGUCAGUGAACUUAUCAAUAGAAUCACGCGACUUGUUUGUCUAUAACUUUAUUUAAAUGUCCGACUCUGUUGUAUAGUAGGGUGGAAUAAAAUGAGAUCAGUUCA